CACUCAGUCUCGCCGCGUAACCCGUGCUGAUAGUACAUAAAACAUAAUUCAUUGAAUUUAAUAAUUGUGAAGUGUCACGGGAGAGCAGCGGAGGGAAAUCUCCAAAAACACAAAGUCAAAUUCGGAAAUUGAUCGAAUUUGCAGUGAAGUCAGAACAUUUUUAAUUUUCCUGACUUCUGAAGUAGGAAAUUAAUUUUUUUUUAAUCAAAAGACGCUUUUAGCGACAGAUAGUGCGAGAGUGAGAGUACAAAUUGUGCUCGGAGUGCAUUUGUUAUUGACUUGCGAACACGAAACCGAGAGGGAUAUCGAGCAGCCCCCGGCUGCAGCCCCACCACUUCUCCUUGCGCACUCUCACUGUUGGCUCCAUCUUCCUCGCACAUCCCUCGGGUACUUUUUUUAUUCAACGAGAGGGACAAAGUGACUCGGGGCGAACUGCAUCGUUCUGGGGGAUCUGGGUUUAAUUGCACUCUUUGGGGGGAGUUUUGGAGAAAGGGGAUUUUAUCGUUGAUUAAUUUUUCGAGAUUUUUUGAGAGGUGAAUCAGAGGGCUAUUGUUACACCUGCGGGCCUCGUCUUCACUCCGCGAUUUUGCAAUCUUAGACCGGUUCGUUUGGUGCCAGGUGCACAACACUCGGUUGCCACAUCUUGAGUGGAAAUAAGAGGGAGAUUUUUUUUUUUCGCGGGGAUUCAACACUUCAGCUUUAUGACCAGCAUAUGCUCUUGGUCUAGGCUCGAAACCGCUGUUUGGAGUCAUUCAUCGUGGUAAAGUGGCUUGAGGUAGAUAAGGGGUGAUAAGUGUGGAGGACUUUUUUCCGAGACUAUGAGAUAAUGAGUUGCUCGGUGAAGAUAUCCAGCAAGGGCUGGUGUGGCUCGCAGAGGAGAAUUGCUUCACUGCCGGAGGAAACCACUGGGGGGUCUCAGGGGGCUAGUGCACCGGGAACUUUGGGGUGUCAGAGUGCUAAGAUUGGACAGCCGCCGAGGGCGGCCAAGUCUAUCGCGGUGAAGAGGGGAGAGGACACCGCGAAAUUGCUGAAGUAUAUUGAUGAUAAUGUCAUUGGGAAGAAUGGAACUUUCUUCGGGCCUUUUGGACGGAGGAAAGUUGUCUACUGCGAUUAUACAUCAUCGGGUAGAUCCCUACAAUUUCUGGAAGAGUACAUAGCGAAGGAGGUUUUGCCAUGUCUGGGAGACACACGUGCCUCAACGUCCAUCUGCAGUCUCCAGUCGUCACUCUUCAGGCACGAGGCCAGAGACAUCGUUCGCCAUGCAGUGGGGGCAGGGGAGCAGGACGCUGUACUCUUUACGGGUCACGGUACCGACGAUGCCCUGCGCACUCUUCUUCAUCAUCUUGACCUCCCUGGGAGGCCGAUGAUCGUGUUUGUCGGGCCAUUCGAACACCACGCCAACUUGCGACCCUGGCGAGAGCACGACACCAAGGUGGUGAGAAUCGCCGAAACCAGGGAGGGGUUCUUGGACUUGAAUGACCUUGAGAAGAAACUGCAAGAGGCGAGGAGUUUUGAGGGGAUUAUGGUUGGAUGCUUCAGUGCCGCUAGUUGCAUUACUGGGGUGCUUGCUGACGAUGUUGCUACUACCCUGAUGUUACAUCAGUAUGGGGCACUCAGUGUGUGGGAUUAUACGUCAGCUGCCCCAUUCGUCGAAAUGGACAUGAAUCCACACUUACCGGGCGUGGGCGAGACUGCUGUUCACAAGGACGCAAUAAUAUUCAGUGGCCACAAGUUCAUGGGCGGUGCACAGUCACCCGGUGUCCUCGUUAUCAAGAGAUCACACCUCCCAAAGGACAUUGCAACUGAGGACAUGAGAGAUUCGCAUCAUUACCUCAGAGAUCCUGAGUUGCGAGAGGAGAGUGGUACAGCCGGGGUUGUCGAGUCAAUAAGAUGUGGUUUGGCAAUGCAAUUGAAGGAAAACGUAACAGCACAGGCCAUUGUCACUAGACAAGAUAAAAUCUCCAGACAAGUGCUGGCGCACGUGCGAACGAUACCCGAGUUAAUUCUCCUCGGCAGCUCGUCAAACAAUAUCAAACGACUGCCAAUAUUCUCGUUUAUGGUCAGACAUCCCAGGGGCACGUUUCUCCAUCAUAACUUUGUGUGCGCUAUUUUAAAUGAUGUUUUUGGAAUUCAAGCGAGAGGGGGAUGCGCAUGCGCCGGUCGAUAUGCACACGAUCUCAUGGGAAUUGACACUGACCUUGCACGAAAAUACGAAUCUGUACUUUCAGACAGUGGAUUACACUGCGGAAGAGAGGAUUGCAACACCGAAGCCCUGCGCCCAGGUUUCGCUCGCCUGUCCCUCCCCUACUUCAUGUCCGAGGCCGAACUGGCCUUCGUCCUGGAAGCCCUGAAAAUGGUGGCAACAGAAGGCUGGAAACUUCUCCCCCAGUACGUCCUGAACCCGGACACCGGCGAAUGGCGUCACCACACAAACUCAGUCUUCAAAGAGCGAAAAUGGUUGGCCUCGAUAAGAUACACAGACGGUAAGAUGGUAUCAUCAGAGCGUCGAGUAUCGGGUGGUGGUGGGGUCUUCCCCCAGAGCUACAGUGACUGCCUGCAAACGGCGCGAAACAUCUUCAACAGGGCCCGAAAAAUGGCGCACAGAUACCCCCUCCAAAUUGACAGAAGCGUAACCUUCUCCGAGAAUCUGGAGUGCCUCAGAUGGUUCAUCCUGCCAGCGGAGGCCCAAGAUCUGCUCCUAGGAAACUCCCAGAACGUGAAGCAAGACCUCCCCUUCGACCCCCAGUCCAGAAAGCACCAAUGGCGUGACAUAACUUCAAACUCUACUGCAUUAAUCAGAAGACUAAACAGUGACAUCCCGAGAACAGGAAAUCACCCGCCCCUGUCAGUGCUAUCAUCCCCCCGCCACCACAGUCUGCCAGCCCUCUCGAUGACCAGACAAAACAGCCUCCAAGACACCUCGGACGAAACCCUAGCCCUCGAAGGUGUGGACAAGCACGACAGUUCAUCAAAGCCCAAGAAGCCCUUCGAGAGAAGCCAAACAAGCGGACAAUUCUCCAACCACUCAUCUCGAGCAGGCUCCCCCUCCCCAGCAGUGAAAUUCGCUGUUGGCGAAGCGGUGUCACCUCCCAUGAUUCUUGGAACGACUCCAGCAGGUGCUAGGUUAUUAUCAGAUGAGCACUCACUGCCAACGGGAGGAAAUGUACCGAGAAUGGGACGUGCCAGAUGCAAUUCACUCGGUAGCUCUGCCAUAGGAAAGACUCUGCCAGUGCCAAUUCCCCUGAGUCCUCAGACGUUAGCCAGUUUAGGACUUGCUAACUCAUCUGCUGUCAGCAGAAAUCAUCGAAAUUGCAGCUGCACCUGUCGAGUCGAGUUGUCCUCCUCCUUGGACUUCGACGGAACCACUGACAGUCCGAACAGAUCUCCAUUGUCCUCCUCGACAUCCUCGCCCACCUCCUCCUCCUCACCGUCGCCCUAUCCCUGUGGGUAUUCAUCCUUGACCUCGCAUCAUCCCGCACAUCCCCAACAGCAUUGUCCGCAGCACAGCGAGGGACAUGCCACGCAGAAGCUGGGGAGAUGCUCCCCCAUUCUAUCCAGUUUUAGUCAGAGCUCUGAUGACGAUCUCCACGCGUAUCUGAAAGGAAGGACCGAGGACAUUGCUACGGAGAUCAAAUCGGAGAUCAGGGAAGUCAUUUCUCAGGUCGACGAUGUAUUGUCCGAGAGCAACUCUUCGGAUCUUGGAACCCCGCAGCAUUAUCCUCACAGGACUUUCUCCAAUGGGAGUGAUAAACCACACAGGGAUGACUCAUUCUCAGCUAGUGAGAUUGCCGAGUACCUCAUGGAGUUCUCGAAGGAAAUGGCUAGUGAAGUCAAGUCCGAAAUCAGGUGUAUGGUGAAUGCGGUAGACGGUCUAGGUAGAUACUCCCCGGACCUCCACUCGUCAACCCCAUCGACCAAUUCCCCUGGCUACAAAACCCCGGAGCGCCGUCUACCCGACUCUCCCCUCGCACGCCUCUCGAAAGGUGCUAAACUCAACGAACUUUUUCAAUCCCAAGAGAGCAAAAUGUCGAGCGAGUGUUCGUCCGACGAGACUGUGAUAUAUGUCGUUGGUCCACGCACAGCUGCCCAGACUAAUCACGAGAGAGCAAAAACAUCCGACGAGGAAGAGGAGCACAGUGGCAAACAAUCAGCCAAAUCCGUUGUAGAGAUGUCAUCGAAGGGAGUGAAAACAUUGCCAGAGAUAUAUUCAGCUAUUAAUUCGGUUAGCUCCCAAGACAGUGGUAUCAAUUUGUCAUUUCACGAGAGUGACGUGAGGACCACUGAUCAUCUUGGUAGGAGUGGGUCGAGCAGCAGUGGAAGCAGUGCUGAAUCAUCUGGCACGAGUUUCAUUAAGAAGUGUAAAGGUCUUGCUGAGAGAAAACGAGACGAUAAAUUGCCGAAUGAUGUGUCGGACGACGAAGACAUCAGGGAGGAAGAUGUCUCAGUAUCUGAGGAUGAAGAUGUUCUGCUGAAGAAGUUGGAAGAGAGCUGUGAGGGAAAUGCCCCACAGUGGCACAGCCCCUCUAGCAGCAUCUGGAAGCCGACUGUUGAGGCCAUCCACGAGUAUGACAUGAUAAGAGAUAAAGAUAGGGUUCUCAUUUGUCUCCCCGUGUCGACUGUCGGCAUCGGUGUGGCUGCUGGCAAGCACUCGCUGGCUUUAUUACAUACUUUGCACCAGUACCAGUUCUACGCAAAGUCCAAGAAUAUUGAUUUUGAGAUCGGAGCUGUUACGAUUAACAGCGGAAGUAGUUAUGAUCCUCUGGAGAGCAUGAGUUACCUGAAGAACUUACAGGUGACUUAUUUCUACGAAGAAGCCGAAGAGCAGACUGAGCUCAUCAAUUCUACGAAAACAGGGGAUGGGUUCGGGGAAGGUAAUGGCGAAGGGAACUCAGAGAGUUGUGGGGUUUGCGGAAGGGUGGGAGAUGUCACUAGACAGAGACUUUAUUCGGUGGCCAAGAGGUAUGGGUACAAUGUUUUGGCUCUUGGUCAGCAUUUGGACGAUCUUGCUGAGGGAUUUCUGUCUUCUCUGUUCUGCACUGGAAAGCUUAAGGCCAUGAAGGCUCAUUACUACGUCAAGGAGCAGGAACUCAGGGUCAUCAGACCCUUUGUCUACGUGAGGGAGCGGGCACUCAGGCAAUUUAAUGAGGAUAAAAAGCUGCCGAUGUUGAGGGUCAAUUGUGGAACUUGCGAGGAGAGUGGGGCGAGCAAAUUGCAGAGGAAUAGGGAACUCUUGGCGGGACACGAGAGGUCUUAUCCGAGAUUGUAUUGGUCGUUGAGGACUGCACUGAGGCCUUUGAUACUUGCUAGGGGUCCGGCUCAAGGGUCCGGCCACCAGGCGCAGAGGCACAGGCACAAGGGGAGGAAGGGGGCACUUGCUACUUUAACGGUUCUUGCGACUUCACAGGAAUUGGCGGAUAGUGAGAGUGAGGAUGAGGGACAGGUUAUUUGAGAGGGGUCGAUGACGAUGAAGUAUCGUCAGUCGAAAUUACUGGGGAUGAGGGAGAGUGCUGUCAAGGGGGCGAAGGCUUACGAAAGGCUGGCUUGAAUAAGACUUUUUUUUAUUGUGGGGAGGAACAUUCGUGCGGUUUGACGCGGAAAUUCGGAGACUCGAAUUCUUCAAGUGAUAAUGACUUUUAAAUAAUUGUUAUUGGUAUUUUCGCGCGUGGAAAGUACCUUGUGACUCGGGUAAUCGGAGGGAAUGGUCGAUUUGUGAAUGCACACUGCAGUGAAUUCGGGAUUUUGAAGCUUUAUUAUGUUUAGGAGGUUGACGUUUUGAGAGUAUAUUCGAGGAUUUUAGUAGUCUUUUAUACUUUGGGAUUGAUUUUGAGGAGAAAUUUACUGCAGGGGUUGUACUUAGGGAGCUACUGAUUCACGAAAUGUUUGAGCUUCAGCUUUUUUGGGAAUUAUUGGUCUGAUAAUGUACAGUAGCUGUGAAGUUUGUACAUAUAUCAAUCUGACUUUGAUUAUGUUCACUUUAUGAAGAUGUAUGCAUGUUAUUUACUAUGAAAUUUUAGAAUUUCAAAAUGAUUCGUGAGUUAUGCUGAGUAGGUUUAAGGAGAAAUGAACGGCGACUGUACAGAACACAAGAAAUUUUCCUAUUUUUUCGAAACUAAUGGAAUAAUAUGAAGAGUGAUUGAAAUAUGAUUGACCGUCUGGUUUUAUAAAUUUGUAAAUAAUGAUGGAACAUUAAACGGUGAUUUGUACUUACAGUGCCGUCCCCGUUCAUCUUUGCUCGCAUGCCUCAAUGUAAAUUGUAGAAUUGCAUGGUCAGAGAACAUUUUGAAAUUCAUUUGUGAAAUGAAUUUGUGAAAUGAAUUUGCGAAUAACAACCCAAUUGGCGAUUUCCUCGAGGACAAUAAUAUCAUGAGACUGCCUCGAAGACUAAAAUUUUUUUUAAACUACCUUUCGGCUAUUUCACGCCGAAUGUUUGUAUUAAUGUCACUACAUCGAAAUUGUGGAUACAAUGUCAAGUACUGACGAAACAAUUUCAUCCCAAGAGCAUGAUUGAAAUUUUUGUAGAUUAGAAAGUAAAUGACAAACCCCAAAAAUUGUUACAAAUUUGAAAUGAACAUAAUCUUUACCUUAAACAGAAAGAAUAUUUUCGACGUGGGGUAUUUGGAAAUCAAAGACGACGGGACAAUUGAUCGUCAUUGCAUUUCGUAGAAUAUAAGAGUUUCUUUCUUAUUGAAAAAGGCAUUGACUUGUCGUACUUAAUCGUGGCAAAAUCUUGGAAUAGCUACUAAUAACUUUGAGACAUAAACCAAUGUUGACGAAAUGUAUCAAGUUUACGAUCGUGAUACCGAUUGAUUGAAGAGUUAUACAAAUAAUUAUGAAUAACAAAUUUAUAUGUACGGUGCGAGCACGUCCAAGCGGCACACAGCCCACAGUGUAAUUGAAACAUUAUAGAUAUUUAUGGUAUAUAUUUUCUGAGAGUUGAAAUGAAGAAUGCAUAUUGUUAAAUAUUGUAAAGAUGUGUAAUUUUAUUUAUGGCUAAUAAAUAAAAGAGUUUAAAAUAA